UUAAAUAGUGUAUUUCACGAGUUCAGGCGGGCUAUUUGGAGAACAGCACGCAUGCAGGGGUCCUUAGCCUAGCAACAAGUGGUGCGUUCCUAGCAACGGGCUGAGAACGGACAACAAAGCAGACAGCAGGCCGGGAAGUGGCCUCGUGUGAAGAGCCGAGCAGUCCCACCCGGGAGGAUCCACGGAAAAAGUCUUCUGCUACCCACAUGCUCCCAGUACAUCACAGGAUGGAUUUGCGUGUAAUAACUAAACUGAACCUGGUCUUUAAAUGGAAGGAUCCCAGUUCCUGUGCUGUCCAGCAGAUGUCGGACGCGAGUCACUGAGAAAUUGAUCUGACCUUGACAUGUAAGCUGUAUCAGAGAAGCCUCGUAUUCCUUCAAACGAUUUCAGCUGCAGUAACAUAUGGACUUGUGUCAUGUGCAUCUACAGCUCUGCAAUACUGCUGCAGCCCACUCGUGUCCAUUCAAGAUGCAGGCAAUUGAAGCAUCCUUCAGUAAAGGGCCUCGCAGGUAUUUUUGUGAGAUGAAAAGUACUAUUAUUAAGUGCACCUCUGCAAUGUGGACAAAGGUGGGGACGAUGCGGUGUCAGGCGAGGUCUGAACGCACACAGAGCCCUCGAAGUAAGUGGGACCUCUGAUAAUCCCUCGCGCUGCUUUGGGACAUGAUGACAGCCGUUUGCUGUUUGCUGAGUUUUAAGUGGCUGCAGACAAAGUCGUGAGCUGAGACGCGCAUCCAAUGAGCCGCUCCAAAGACUGCCCCCCUCCAAAAGAGAGAUAGAGUUUCCAUAUUUUUUUUUUUUACACAUGACGAAAAUGCAUAAAGUCCGCAGAAGGCAGCAGUCGACUCAGCCUACACAGGUGGAGAAUGGGUCACGACUAGGAGGAGUUUGCACAGAGUGGACUUGUACGACCUGCAUUGUUUUAGAGGGCUGCGCAUUGAAUUAUGCUCUUCAUCGUGAUCUGACGCUUGCAGGUUCAAUAUCUUUUUAUUUUCUCUGAUGCCACAAACAUCGUCAUGUUUAUCAGAGCGACCUUUCUCCUCUGCUUUAUGGUUUCACUGUCAAAGCUCAUCAGUUGCAUGGAAACGGAACUUUGCUUCCCCAUUCGAUUGGAUAACCACAAACACAACAGGGGAGAUUUUGACAACGACGUGGAAAUCCUAAAUGGGAAAUGUGUCUUUAAAAUACGAGCCUUCCAGCAGGAAUUUGUGAUCGAAUUGCACCAGGACUCGAAUUUCAUUGCGCCUUCCAUUUCCAACCAAGACGAGUUCUGGCUCUCCAACACCGAUGUCACCAGUGACCUGAGAUGGUGUUUUUACUCCGGGUACGUGCACGCUGACCCGCAUUCCUACGCGGCUCUGAGCCUCUGUAAGGGUUUACACGGUGCAUUUGGCUUUCAAGGCUGGGAAUAUUUCAUCGCCCCGGUGCAAAAUGACACCACGACCGCGGAAGGUGCGCACAUCAUCCGGCGCAGAACCAGCAACAACCUGAAGCUCAAUUCAACCUCUAGGUGCGCCGUGGACACCGGCAUAAGUCUCCAGGUCGCGCGAUCGUUGGAGAAAUACAAGCGAUUACAAGAUCACGACAAUGUGACCGAAACGUUGCUGAAGAAGAUGGGGAGAACGAAAAGGUUCGCUUCAAUCCCCCGGUACGUGGAGGCGCUGGUGGUGGCGGACGAGUCCAUGGUGCAGUUCCACGGAGAGGACUUAAACCACUACCUCCUGACACUGAUGUCAGUGGCGGCGAAACUCUACAAACACCCCAGCAUCCUCAACUCCAUCAACAUUGUGGUGGUGAAGAUCGUGGUUAUAUCCGAGGAGGACAAAGGACCCAAAGUGUCCGGAAACGCAGCCAUGACCCUGCGAAACUUUUGCACCUGGCAAAAAAAGAUGAACCAUAACAACGACAAGCAGCGUGACUACUGGGACACGGCAAUCCUCUUCACCAGACAGGACCUGUGUGGAGCUUCCACCUGUGACACUCUUGGCAUGGCAGAUGUUGGCACCAUGUGCGACCCGAAGAGGAGCUGCUCCGUGAUCGAAGACGACGGCCUGCCCUCAGCCUUCACCACCGCUCAUGAACUCGGACACGUGUUCAACAUGCCACACGACAACGUGAGGGCGUGUGAGGACGUGUUUGGGAAGCUUCAGGACAACCACAUGAUGUCCCCCACUCUCAUUCAGAUCAACCGCACCAGCCCAUGGUCCCUCUGCAGUGCGGCCAUCAUCACUGAAUUCCUGGACAGCGGGCAUGGGGAAUGUUUGCUCGACCAUCCUCAGAAACCGUUGUUCCUCCCUGACGUGAUGCCGGGAACGUCCUACGUCCUCGAGCGCCAGUGUGAGCUGGCGUUCGGAGAAGACUCCAAGCCCUGUCCCUUCAUGCAGCCGCCGUGUGGCCGUCUGUGGUGCACAGGAAAAUCCAACGGCCAUUUGGUGUGCAUGACUCGUCACUUCCCCUGGGCAGACGGCACACACUGUGGGGACAAUCAGGUCUGCAACCAAGGGGUCUGUUCCAACAAACAGGUCCCACGCGUGAAGGUGGACGGCCGCUGGGGGAGGUGGGGCCCGUUUGGUUCCUGCUCACGCACAUGCGGCGGCGGCGUCCAACUCUCUAAAAGAGAGUGUAGCAACCCAGUUCCGUCAAAUGGGGGUAAAUACUGCCAAGGGGUGAGGGUCAAAUACCGCUCCUGCAGUCCGAACCAGUGCACUGAAACAGGUAAGACUUAUCGCGAGGAGCAGUGUGCCAGCACUGGCCGCAGUUUUAACAGUAACCGCAUCGACCCCUCCGUGGUGUGGGUACCCAAGUACUCUGGAGUGUCCACCGAUGACAGAUGUAAACUCAUCUGCAGAGCUAACGGCACUGGCUACUUCUAUGUCCUGGCACCCAAGGUUGUGGAUGGGACUCCAUGCUCCCCCGACUCCACGGGAGUGUGUGUCCAGGGGAAGUGCAUCAAAGCCGGCUGUGACGGAAAAAUUGGCUCUACCAAGAAGUUUGAUAAGUGUGGAAUCUGCGGAGGAGAUAGCAAGGGCUGCAAAAAGGUGUCGGGACUCUUUACAAAGCCUGAGCACGGCUACAACUUCGUGGUCAUGUUACCACUGGGCGCAGCCAACAUAGACAUCCGUCAGCGAGGCUACAAGGGAAUGAGGAGUGACGACAACUAUUUGGCGGUUAAAAACAGCCAGGGCCACUACCUGCUCAAUGGGAACUACAUCGUGUCAGCUGGGGAGAGGGACAUCAUCAUAAAGAACAGUCUGCUGCGCUACAGCGGCACGGCCGGCCUCGCCGAGACCCUGCAGGCCGUCAAGCCCUUGGGAGAAUCCCUGACCGUGGAGGUCCUGUGUGCCGGCAAGAUGACGCCGCCUCGCAUCCGCUACUCCUUCUACCUCGCCCGUCAGGCCAAGGAGGAAAAAGUUAAGAAGGAGGAGCGCGUCAACUCCCAUAACAGUGUUCUGUCCGAGGACAGCGUCAAGGAGAACGGGGGCGACACCCUGAAGAAGUCUUACAGCAAGGAGGAGCCCUCUCUCGGGAAGUGGAUAUCCACAGGUUGGGAUCAGUGCUCAGUGAGCUGCGGCGUCGGCUUCCAGAGGAGGAUGGUGCAGUGUCUGAGUGCAGAUGAGAAGCCGUGGUUGGACUGUGAUCCUUCACAAAGACCCCCAGCCACCAGGGUUUGUGGAGAUCCCUGUCCGGAUUGGCACAUUGGGCAGUGGUCACCUUGCUCCAGAACCUGUGGGAAGGGCUUCAAGAGGCGACCGUUGCACUGCAAAAACGGGCAAAGUGGGCAUCUGCUGCCAAGGGACCACUGCGCUGGCUUACGCAAGCCACAGGAGCUGGACUUCUGUAACCGAAUGCCUUGCUAAUGACUAAAACGUGUAAACUAGAAAUGGUUGUUUUAAAAGGGGGCUGAAUCAAAUCCACCUGCCAGCAUCACACACCACACACACUGUCGGAUGCAGGAGAGAGUAAGUCGCAGGAUGAAGGAUGAAAUUAUUUGUUUUCCACUGCCAUCACUCUGAGUGCAAAGAACAUCGUCCAGGUCUUCUUCUUCUGCUGAAAGUCCAUGAUAGAAAAGUCAAAUUAAAUGUAGUGGAAUCCUAUUUGCAAGCAAUCUAAUCGAAUUUACCUGAUGAGUCUGAAAUUCAUUUUAUGUCAUGUUUUAAUUGUUCAGAUAUCAUACGUUUUAGUUGAGUCUUUCAAAUAGAUAAAUUAUUCCCCCUGGUUUUCCAAACAGUUACUCCAAUAUACGCAGAUUUACCUUCAUAACUUCUUCCAACUGGAGUAAUAUGUAAUGCUGGCACGAUUACCAUUAUGUGCAAUCUUCAAUCAGCUUUUUCUCAAAAUUAACUGAGAAAACAAACAGAUCACCUAAUUUCCCUUAAUGUUCUGCUUUUGCUGCCUUUAUGAAAAGCAUUACUCAUUGAAAACUGGGGAGCUGAUCAACCAGCUGCAACAUGGAAACAGUUUAAACUACAAACUAAAGUCACAUUGGUGGUUUUCAUAACAGAUCCAACAAAACAAAGCAGGACAGGAGACAAUGCGCAUUGAGGGAUUGCAUCAGGCUGCACUCAACAUAACGCUGCUUAUUGGAAACAAGGACUAAAACAUACGGCUUAUCUUGUCACAAUAAUGUAGCCAAACCUGCCGAACCCACACAGCCGCCUCCUCCGUGCAGCGUGUUUGACUUCUUCCUUCAUUGCCUUUAUCAUUUGACCACAGCAGUUGUCUUCUCAGUUCAUAGUGUUCAGCCAUAUCGAGUCACGCUUGUCUGGCACGGUUACCACUGUAAUUUAUUAUCAAUGAGCUGAUAAAGCGGAGAGUGAAAGAAAAACUGGCAAACCCUCCGUUUUGCUGUACAGAAUUUGUGUUUUCCUGGACCGCCUUGUUCGUGGCCCCAAAGCCGGAGCCGAGAUGUUCUUUCUACAGACAUGCUGAAAUCCUGUAAUCCAUUAUAUUCUUGUUUUGUUCCUUUACGGGGCCACAGUGUCCAGUCCAACCUCCAACUAAGGGAGGGAUCCUGCGUUAGUUGGAUUAUCAUUUUUAUUUUGUAUCAGCCUUUGCAUGUUGUACAGUAAAAGAAAACUAUGACCCAUGGGCUGCAUUGUAUACUAUGUAUAUAUUUAUUCAGCUCUGUGCAAAACAAAUGUAAAUACUUUUAAAAUACUUUUUUACACAGGCAUUUGUAAUUGUCUUUGACUUCAGUGUAUUUAUUCCUAAAUAAAGCCAUCCAUGUAUAGUUACAA